CUCCUAAGCAUGUUGAAGCAACUUGCGCGCGUCAACAUCAUUUGCCUUAUGGCAAUCACUCUCAAUUGGACUCUGCUCGUAUUUGCUGGCCGUAAGGGAUUGAUCCAACCGUUACCCGACAAGAACAAGGCAGCCGAAAGACCAUUGCAUGCAGAUGAAAUAACACCAAACUUACCCGGCCUAACUGCUCACGGUCGAGCAGUAGAAAAGGAGUUAGAAGAAUCAGUGCGCGAAGGACUUCAUCCAACACAGGUAGGAUCAGCAAGAGUAAUGGAAAUGUGGCACAGGAAAGGUUCUGCAGAACAUCAAAGAAACGCAAGACACUUGAAUAACCUACACUUUAAGAAAGAGAUUCGCAAAAAAAGUCAAACAGUUGCUGGACGAAUACGUUUAAAACUCGGAGGCGUGAAGGAAUUAGCAGAAGAAAAUAAAAUUGAAAAGAAUCAGUUUAGACAGACUCUUCGCGAUAUCGCUCACGAUACAAAAGUUCACCGAAAGCUUAAUACUAUAGGUGAAAAAGAUGCCAAUUUUAUCGAAAAGCCUAAAUUCAAAAUGUCAAAAAUUUUAGGUUAUGACUCUGAUGGAGCAUCCAAGGGUUCUUCUUAUGGUUACAGAAGUAGGUCUCCUAGCCCAAGUAGCUCAGUAGAAAUUAUUUCGCGUCCCAGACGUCAUACUCCUCCUCCAAAGUCCAGCCCAUCUUCAAGUGCUAUUCCAUCACUCUCUUUAUCUAGAGUUAGUGGCCAUUCUAGCUCGUCAAGCUCUACUUCUGGCUCUUCUUCUUCCAAGAAAUCGCCAAGCUCAACAGCAACAUCUAAACUUCGAUCUAGCUGACAUCAACAAUAGGUUACAUAUGAUCACGCCUUCGAUCUAUUUGAUUAUCAAGAUAAUAAUAAUGAACUCUCACCGGGUGCAUAGGGCUUGAUUUAUGCUUUCCUCUGAUUGCCCCGGUAUGAGGUUAAAUUUUGUUCCCUCUUUUAUAUUUCUUUAUGUGUAUAUUUGUU